CCGUCACUCUGGUUGCAGACAAGCCAAAGCGAGAUGCUGUCCGUUCUUCCCGGGCAGCUCGUGCAUGUGCCGAAUGUUCACGGCGUCGACGUCUCUGCGCACGUGGUCGAAGCAACGCCCCGCAGCACGCGCGUUCGCUUCGACGACGACCAGUCGGUCGUGGCCGUCACGUCGCUCAAGGUGGUUUACACGCCCGGGGCUUUCCUGUUACAAGACGCCGCGUCGGUCGUUGGCGCCGACGUCGAGGUCUCGCAACCCGACGGCGCGACGAUGCGCGGGGCCGUCAAGCAGUUUGAUGCAGCGCAGCAGUGCCAUCUCGUGCGCUACGACAGCGGCAAGAAAGAGUGGCUGGACUUGGCCACGUGCCACUUCAAGGUCUGCGUUGCGAGCGCGCCGUCACCGUGGUACGUGGCCGGCGCCGAGAUCGAGCUCUACUCGCUGGGCGCCCCGCACACCUUUCAAGAGGGCGCUGUCGUCUGCCGGCACUUUGGCGCGACCGCAAGCCUGUACAACAGCAGUCGAGGGGCCUUUGAGAUGCAUCCCGCAACGACGCCGCACAAGGUCGUGCUCCACGGCCUCCACGGCGGGCGCGAUAUCCCCGCGGGGUCCUGCGUCGACGUGUACAGCGCCAGCCAUGGCACCUUCCGCAUUGGUCACGUGUUGAAGCGGGCUGCGCAAGGCGCGCUCGCACCCCUUCGGUUCCUCGACAGCGACACCCUCGAGUGGGUCGACCUCUCGAGCAUGACGUUCAAGCUCGUGCUCUUUCCGGGCCAGCGCCCCGUCACAACCCUCCUGUCUCCGCGCGGGUUUUCAUUCCCGACGCUGCCGCCUGGCGCGCACGUCGAUGUCUACCGCGACGGAAGCUACUGCAAAUGCUCGGUGGUCGCCACCACGACUGCGCCACACGUCUACGACGUCCGCGAGGCCCGGACCGACGCCCUUUUCCGCCUCGACCUGGCUCGUGCCAAGUGCAAAGUGCGCAUCCCUCCGUCGGCCGACCUGGCACAUUUUCGGGAUCACGUUGUCGAAGUGUUCGUCAAAGCGUCCCGGCGCGUCGACACGGGGCGCGUCAGCGACGCCAACGCGUCCACCAAGAUGCUGCAGAUCCGCUACGACGGCGGCCGCACCGACUGGGUGCACAUCGCAACGACCAAGGUCAAAGUCCGGCUCCCAAGAGACCUUGAAGCAACCCCCGAGAGCCCAGAAGUCGCAACCAAGGGUACGAGACCGCCGCUCUUGCGCGCGCAGAGCUCCGCACACGUGCUUCCAUCGCCGCCGCGGCCCUCGCUCCUUCGCCGCGCCGUGUCGUUUACGCGCAGCCUGCAGCGCACACCGCUCGCGCUGCAACGGCGCGCGUCCACCAGCGCUAGCACGUCCAAGAAGGAGGUCGAGUGGAAGAUGCACAUUGACCCUGCGACCCACCGAACGUGCUACGUCCAUGUCCCGACCGGGCGGCAGCAGUGGCAACCACCCGCCGACGUCGAUUUGCACGAGCUCCAGUGGCUCGAACCCGAGCCGUACGAAAUAGCAGCGGACGUGAGCUCGAUCCAGAUCCCCGUCGGACCUCUCGAGGCUCAAUAA